AUCGGGGACGAUCGGAGAAGAGCACUUGUUCACUUUCGUCUCCGACUCGCCCAGACUGUCCCCGACCGUCCCUGGAUUGUAAGGUGAACAAAUCUAUUAUCACGUCGUCGUCGUUGGUCGUUAGGGUGUGGAUGACAUAGGCGUGUCGUAUUUGUCGUACUUAAGUCAAUUAGUCAAUCACAAGAAAAAAGGGAAGUCCAGAGGAAGAGUUGUACUGCGAGACCUCUGUGAGUAAAACGUAUAAGGGUGUAAGUGUUUCAGCAGAGGGUGACAUUGGUGGUGUUAUCAUCUACCUAAUUAGUCGACCAGGAUUCACAUAAUCAUGAACACUUGCGGCUUCGUCACUUGCGGUCCCAAUGAGGCCCUUGUCGUCUCGGGAUGUUGUUAUGGCAAACCACUAUUAGUGCCUGGAGGCAGGGUAUUUGUCUGGCCAAUUGUACAGCAAGUUCAGAAAAUUUCACUGAACACCAUGACUCUGCAGGUUGAGAGUCCCACUGUUUAUACUUCUCAGGGUGUACCUAUAUCAGUCACUGGUAUUGCACAGGUUAAAAUACAGGGACAAAACGAAGAAAUGCUCUCAACAGCAUGCGAACAAUUUCUUGGAAAAUCAGAAGAAGAAAUACACAACAUUGCACUAGUCACGCUAGAAGGGCAUCAAAGAGCCAUUAUGGGCAGUAUGACUGUAGAGGAAAUUUAUAAAGAUCGUAAAAAGUUUAGCAAAGAAGUUUUUGAAGUUGCCAGCAGUGAUCUUGUUAAUAUGGGCAUAACUGUAGUCUCCUACACUCUUAAAGAUAUCAGAGAUGAAGAAGGAUAUCUGAAAGCAUUGGGCAUGGCUAGGACAGCCGAAGUCAAGAGAGACGCGAGGAUCGGCGAAGCCGAGGCGCGUAGGGAUGCUCAGAUUAGAGAAGCUAUUGCCGAGGAACAGCGCAUGGCCGCGCGUUUCCUCAACGACACUGAGAUUGCCAAAGCUCAGCGUGAUUUUGAGUUGAAAAAAGCCGCCUAUGACGUGGAAGUACAAACAAAGAAAGCUGAAGCCGAGAUGGCAUACGAGUUGCAAGCGGCUAAAACUAAGCAGCGGAUCAUGGAAGAGCAGAUGCAAGUCAAAGUUGUUGAACGUGGUCAGGAGAUAGCUGUACAGGAGCAAGAAAUGAUGCGGCGAGAAAGAGAGCUUGAAGCAACCGUGCGCCGUCCUGCCAAUGCUGAAAAAUUCAGACUGGAGAAACUGGCUGAAGCCAACAAGCUUAAAACAGUCAUGGAAGCUGAGGCUGAGGCUGAAGCUAUCAAAAUACGUGGAGAUGCCGAGGCAUAUGCCAUUGAAGCCAAGGCCCAGGCAGAAGCUGAUCAGAUGGCCAAAAAAGCUGCAGCUUGGAACGAGUAUAAGAGUGCUGCCAUGAUCGACAUGAUGCUCGAUACCCUUCCAAAGGUUGCUGCCGAAGUUGCUGCUCCCUUAUCUCAGGCUAAGAAAAUUACAAUGGUGUCGAGUGGCAAUGGUACGAUCGGUGCUGAGAAACUGACCGAGGAAGUCCUCAACAUUGUAGCACGAGUACCUGAGCUCGUGAAGAACAUGACUGGUGUCGACGUUGCAAAGUCUGUCCAUGCAGCGUAAAGAAGUAGUGCCAAAGCAUCUCAAAUGCAAUUUCCGUAAAACGAGGAAUGUCUCUUGCAACUCUUUAGUUUUGGAUCUGUUUGUGCGAGUCUCGUGCAGAUUUACUUUUACCUCGUUAUAAACUUCCUUACAAAAGUUGUCAAAGAAGUCGUUUUGCUCAAUUGAUCUUUUUGAUUUGCGUCUUAUUUUUCCACGUUAUGUCGUAUGAGGUGGGAUAAUUUUUUUUAAUUCUUACAAAUAUUAACUUAUAUGAGUAUUAAAUUAUUGUACAUCAUUAUCAUUAUUGUAAUGCAAUAUUAUGAUUUUUUUUUAUAAUGAUAAUCAGAAGCUACGAGAAUAGCUUUUGAAUUAUGACACUCAGGAAUUUCCACUCUGUUAUUUUCAAAACGUGUAAUGAUAAAAAUUAAAGCUCAGUCUUUUACAGAAAAUUGUAAAAUCGCAACUGAAGUUCAACUUGUCAAACCAGUCAUCCAAAACAUUUUUCUAUUAUUUUUACAUCUAAAAUCUCAAUUAAGUUCUUUGGUAGAAAAAUGAAUGCUUGUAUUGUCAUUAUUGUUACUUACGAAUUUUAUAAACAAUUGAAAUAUUUUACUGCCAUGUUUUUGAUGUCACGACUUUUUCCAAAAUUGAAAUUCAUCCAAGUAAUCUAUUACACAGAAAUAAUUCCAAAGGAUACAAUCUCAAGCGUCCUUUGCUAUUUAAAUUGAUUAAAAAAAAAUAGUAAUAAUAAUGUAUGCACAAGAAACAGUUCAAUAUUAAAAAACCAGUUAACGAGCUUUGUCGAAAUUUACUGACAAAUAGAUAUAUUUCUGUGUUUUACAGUUAGGCAUUCUUUUAAAAUUUAUCUUGCAUCGACUCACAACUUUUAUAAAAUCUAUUUAUGGAUAUUUAUACACUUUUAUUUUGCAUUCCUGUAUGAGGCAUUUGAAGUGAAGGCAGAAGAGAAAAACUAAUUAAAUAAAAUUCUUUCUGUCUAAUAAUGAAAGAAAGAUGAUUAAUGUCGAGUUAUAACCAUCUGCACGAGAGUGACUAUAAUGCCGAGAUGUGCCAGAUAUUAUUCCUUCCAGUAUUUUACUAUUUAGACACCUAAUUAAGGAAAACAAUUGGGAUAGUGCUUUUGCGUGUAGAGGAAUUUCAAUUUGUAUUACAAGUUGUGCAUUCAAGCGCAAUGAAAAAAUUUUAAGAGUACAAUUUCAUGACAGUUUUUACAUGAAAUUUAUUUUUAAGUCAUGAAACAUUUAAAGACCAUUUUAAAUGAGGUUAUUAAUUUUAUUAAUAUAGGCCGGAAUCUGGGAUUAACGUUAAGGAAUCAGUUGAUAACUAAAAUUUUCUGGUUGGAGUCUAAUUUAUUCUACUUUUUAAAAUUAAAUUCAAUGAUUCUGAAAGAAGAGAAACAAAAGAGGUUCAGGAAAAAAUGUUGACUACAACUUUAGUGCACAAAAACCAAAAUCACUGCAAAGAUAUUUUAAUGCUACACCAAUACUUUUCCUUAAUACUCGACAUUUUAAUUGUAAGCGUUCAGUGAAUGAAAGUAUCAUGCAAAAAUAAAACUGCUCAGGGUGUCAUUCAUUCAUGUCGAUACUCUCUAGUCCCAUAAUACUUAUUUAAUUAGCUUAAUCGUAUAAGAAGCACACACCUCCAUACUUAAUAAUAACGAUAUAUUUUGUAAUUCAAAGGAAAUGAAAAACAAAGAUAAAGCUAUUGUAUUUUUUCGUUAUUAUGUAAAAGAGCAGGCAAACAAUGAUGACUAAAGAAAGUGCUGAGCUCUUAUUUGGGUAUCAAAAGAGCCAACAGAAAUCUGUGGAUUUAUUGAGAAUUGAAAAAAACGUGUGCAAAGAAGCCUUACACUAUUUUACUUAUAGUGGAGAGUUCAAGUUUGAGCAGAAAAAAAAUAAUAAAAUAUGAAAUAUAAAUUUAAAGAGUCUAUAUCUUUUCUAAGGAUGAAAAAAAAUGAAACCUAUUUCCUUUACAAAUAUUGAAGAUCGCGUGAAAAACUUCUCGUUACACCUACAAGUAUCUAGUGUUUAAGAAAAAACGUCCACUACGAUUGCCACUAAAAUAUGUGUGAAAGUGUGAAACAACUCAUGUUUUACUUAUUUCCGCGUAGAGAACCAUUGCGUGCGUAUAGGUAUAGUGGGUUGAUUGUACCAUUGUCGCCAUUGUCAUGUAUAUGUUAUGUGCGUUUGAAAAACAAAUGAAAAUCAACCCGCUUCCGUAUGAUACGAAAAAAAAAAAAAAAAAAAAAAAAAAAUGAAAAACAAAAAAAUCCAAAAAAAAGUCCCCUAGCCUAUUCUAGCACUGCUUCGACAUCCACAAAAAAAAUUUAUCUUGUAUAGUUUGUAAGCUUAUAACUUGUAACAAACAAAAAAGAAGUUUGACCAAAAUAAAAUUAGUUUGAUUUUAAUCGUAA